GCCAAGGGUGAUUUCAGGACAAGACAACGGUUUUUCAAAACAGUAUCGGCUCAGCACUUAUACGAACUUUACGCCCCUCUAAUAAGAGGGUUAAUUAUUCUUGUAUAAUUGAUAUAUACGGAAUUGAAGUGAUAAUAAUAUGUGGGUUUUGUGAUUUUAUUUUUUUUUGGUAAAGGGGCAAAGGACUAUUAUUUUUUUUAAUUUGAGGUGCGCACGAUUGGUCCGGGCCCAGCCUCUCCCUCGUCUUUCCUCCCCCGAAACCACCAUGGAUACGACCAGUUAUGUCCCGAACAAUCCCCAGUUCGGCGUGCAGUUCGAGUGUAAUUGGAGUGCUCCUGGUGCAGUCCAACAGGUAUCCACUUGUACGGACGAUUUAUCGUCUUGCUGGAGCGACGAAAUGGGUUCUUUUUCCCUCCCAUUAGACCUGGACCCUUUACCGAGCCUAUUCAACAUAUCGCCAUGCGGAAAUGUAUCCACAAAUUCCAGAGCCGAAUUACCAAAACCAACUGUUCCGAGAACACCAUCCGAAACAGCCGCCGGCGGACGUGGCGGAUGUCCUACUAUCCCUAAAACACGCCGUGGUACAUCCUGGUCAAAGUCCGACGGAAAAAUACGAAAACCAACUUUAUCAUCCGCAAAUGCUUCUGUCACCGUCUGGGGGUUGUGGAGCUGGAAAUUUGUGCGAUCAAAAUUUCGGACAAGCUCCGAUAUUUCCCAGUAUGUCCGUCAACGUUUCAAUGAACAUGACUAUGCACGGGUACCAUCCGAAUGCUGGAUAUAGUUCGGAUUUAUCUUGUCCACAAAUGCAAUGGAGUGCAAAUACCCAAAACCCAUCGCAAGCCACCUAUCAAAGUCAAGGCCUUCUGAGUCCUUCUUACGGUGGUACUUACUCGUUUACGGCGGACUUUCGGCCACCUCAAGACACCUCGCCCAUUUUGAGUACCAGCGCCAGCUAUAAACCGAUGACCAUGUCUUUUACGCCUCCUAGGAGAAGGCCCAGUUUGAAUUUGAUCGACGAAGAUGGUCAAAAACCGAACGUUUGUCGGAUAUGUGGAAAAAGCUACGCUAGGCCUAGCACUUUGAAAACCCACCUCAGGACACACAGCGGCGAAAAACCGUUCAGGUGCGGCGACUGCAAUAAAUCCUUUUCGCAGGCGGCCAAUUUGACCGCUCACGUGCGGACACAUUCCGGCGAAAAACCGUUCCGGUGUCCGGUGUGCGAUAGGAGAUUCUCUCAAAGUUCAUCGGUCACCACUCACAUGAGGACGCAUUCUGGAGAAAGACCUUAUCGGUGUCGUUUAUGUAAAAAAGCUUUUUCCGAUAGCAGUACCUUGACAAAACAUUUACGAAUACACAGCGGAGAAAAACCAUACGAAUGCAAAUUGUGCCUGUUAAGGUUUAGUCAAAGUGGAAACUUGAACAGGCACAUGAGGGUACACGGUACCACCAACGGAUUACCGCCAUGACACACGUUUUUCUAUAGUGUUUGAAUUUGUGAUUACAUAUUUAAUUAGAUUUAUAAAUUUUGCUACAAACAUUCAUGAAAUUAUCAUGCAAAAAAAAAACUGCGCAUUCGCAAAUUAUACAAUUUGCGAUACUGGAAAAUGAUUAUCUACCAUUUUAAUAAUGGUUUCUAGUUACCAUGUGGUAAAAGUUUGUAUAUAAAUGGUAAGCAAACAUUGGUCUUAGUGUUAUUAAUAUUAUUUAUUGUGAUUACUUAAACAUCCAAAAAGUAUGUUUAUUAGAAAUUGUAUUAAAAUGA